GGGUCUAAACAUCAAAUUAGUUUUGGACUUUCUACGAACUACAUUCGCCAGCAACACCCAACUCAAACCAGCAACAUGAAAUUCUUCAUUGUUUUCGCCGCUCUCUUCGCCAUUGCCUUGGCCGCUCCAGGUGGUGAUGUUGAAAUUGUCAAGCUAGUCAGCGAUGUUGGACCCGAAGAAUUCAAAUUCGAAUCUGAAACCUCCGAUGGUGCUGCUCACUCUGCCGAAGGUAAACUCAAGGAUGUUGGUACCGAACACGAAGCCAUCGUUGUCCACGGUUCCUACUCCUGGGUCGAUGAGAAGACCGGCGAAAAAUUCACCGUUAACUAUGUUGCCGAUGAGAACGGUUACCAACCCCAAGGUGCCCAUUUGCCAGUUGCUUAAAUUAAGUGAUUGACUAGAUUGUGGAUUUAAAAACAAAAAAAAGUGUGAAAUAAAAUAUAAAGCAUUGCAAUUGUAUAA